AACAGCGUAAGCUGCGCUUGUUUUGUUUGUAAAUUGAUUUUUAUCGUAUAGAAACUUAUUUAUUUUCAACUCAAAAAUGGCUGGAAAGCCACCAGAUGAAACAUAUAUAUCUGUAGUCGAUGAAGAACCAGAGUUUUUUGCGUUACUCAAGUGGGAUUCCGCACAAACUCAAAAACCACAAGAGCCUCGUAGUUUCGAAAGAGCAAAAAGUCCUGAGAAAUUAUGUAGUUUGUCUUGUAUGCCAACUUCUAAAGAUGAAUUGGAUCCAUUUGAUCUUAGUGAUUCAACGUUUAUAGAGACGUAUAGACUGACGAAAGAUUUGGCGCGAAGUUUAUGUGAAGAAUUGACCCCUGUAAUGCCCGAAUCAAACAAAUCAGUUGAAUUCUCUAUUGAGACCAAGGUUCUGGCAACUUUAUCAUUCUAUGCCACUGGGAAAUAUCAAAAGUCCAUAGGUGGGAAAACAGAUCCGAGUACAACACAGUACUUUGUGUCAACUGCUGUGGCUCAAGUCACAGAGGCUAUGAACCACACCAGUAUUGUCAAGAAAUAUAUACAUUUUCCACAUUUAAGGGCAGAGAGAGACCUCAUUAAAAGCAGAUUUUUAUUUAAAUACAAAAUACCAAAUGUAGUUGGAUGUAUAGAUUGUAUGCAUGUUCCAAUUGCAAAGCCAGAUGAUGACCACAAGAGACACUUUAAUAAGUCCUACCAUUCCAAGAAAGCUCAAAUUAUAUGUGACAGUGAGUUAAAUAUUGUGAGCGUGGACGCAGCGGGCGGCUCUCUGUCGCACGACGCCAUUCUCAACCGGCACGCUGUCAAGAACGAUCUGCAGAGCCUCAACUACGCUAGAGAUGUCUGCUGGCUUGUCGGUGGCCCUCAUUACACCCAAAUGCCAUACAUAAUGACCCCGAUACCGAAAGUCACAAAGAAAUCGCCCAUAUCACCAGAAAAGCAUUACACUACCCUGCACUCACAGACACAUGCCAUCGUUCUAGAAACCAUUAAACAACUAAAAUCCAGGUGGAAAUGUCUCCAAGCUACGUGCAACAAGCAGUUUGAUCCAGACACAGUGGCCAAGAUCAUAACAGCAUGCUGUAUCCUGCAUAACAUUUGUAACAAGAGAGGUUUAACUGUCCCACAGAUGACUCAGGCUGAAGAACGGUUGGAACUUAUGAAACAGAAGGUAGCGAACGCUCCAGUAAGUAAAAAACGUGUUGAGGACCCUAAAGGUGUCGAGACUAGAAUGAGUUUAAUAGAAAUCUUGUGGCAAGAACGGAGUGUUUCAAAUGAGAGUGCUCCGAAGAAACGUAAUGUGAAAAGAGACAGAGUUGUAGAAGCUCCUCAACAACCAGUCAACCAGAUGCAUUAUUUGCAUGAAGAUCCCAGCAAGAGGGCCAGAAUUAUGAUGAAUAAUCCCUACCAUUUAGGAGUCGGUAUGGCUCCUACGUGGGGACAUUAUCCACAACACUAACAAAGUAGAUUAUUAGGAUUGAGUGUCUAUGUGCCUAUUGUAAGUUAUUGCUUGCGGCAAUAUUUGAACGAUUAGAUUCCAGGUCGUCUUUUUUUUAAAUCUUGCUUGAACUUCAAACCUGUACAGCGUGGUCAUCUUUCAGUAUUUUCAGUAUUAGUAUUAAUAUAAUAUAUGUCAUAUUUGGGUAUAACUUAUAAGUGGAAGAAGAAGAUAGAUGUUUUGGAAUAUCAUCAUAAUCAGAAUUUCAGCCAGAAAACGUCCACUGCUAGAGAAAGGCCUCCCCCAAAGAUCUUGCAUGACUAUCGGUCCUGCGCUGCCCUAGUUCAACCUACUCCGGCGAUCUUGACCAGAUCAUCGGUCCAUCUUGCGGGGGAGUUAUGGAUACGUGGUCGCCAUUCGAAGUAAUCUUCCUCAAUGGCCAUCUGUCCAUCGAGCUAUAUGCCCAGCCCACUGCCACUUCAGUUUCGCAACCACCUUUGUUAUUUCGCUGACUUUGGUUCUCCUACGGAUCUCCUAAUUUUUCAUGCUCAACUGGAUUAUUUGUCCAAGUUAGCCGUACUCGUCUACCAUUUAAAGAAUACAGCUCCCAACUUUUACGGCAGUAGGUGCGACAUGGACAUUAGAUAUGAUCUUCGUCUUGUCCAUGUUCAUACUCCUACUCCUUGGGAACCUAUAUUGAGGCCAUUGAGCAGGCUUAAGUCUUCCAUGAUCUACGGCAUGAUUACAAUAUCGUCUGCGAAACGAAGGUGAAUGAUAUAUUCGUUGUUGAUGUUGACACCCAGUCUGUACCCAGCUUAAAGUCUUCUUCCAACGCAGCGGUAAACAGCAGCGGCGAUAAGACAUCGCUUUGUCUGACUAACGCCUCAGGUCGAUAGGCUUCGAGAUCUGACCUGGAACGGAGUGAUAUGGUGGCGUUUUCAUACACUUCAAUGCUUUGAUAUAUCGAUAAUCAAUACCUCUGGAGAAACUGAAGCACUGCCCAGGUCUCGAUCGAAUCAAAGGCUUUCUCAAAUUCUCUUAUAAUACUCCUCCGUCUUCUGUAUAACCUGCCGCUGUUUAUGUAUGUGGUAAGAGGGUUUAGAAAUAUGCUGCGAAAGAAUGCUAUAAUGUAAUAGGCCAAGUGUAACACAAAAGUUUGUAAUCCAGGAGCUAACUCUAUUGCUAGUAGAUUUGCUGCUCACCUUUUUAGACAUGUCUCAAUGCAAGGUUCCGUGUCUAUAGAAUGUAUCAUUUUUGAGAGAAAGUGGAAGGUACUUAGACCAUAUGAGAACCCCUCAGCAACCACUUUCCAAACGUGAACGAAACAAAGGUGAAGAUGAAUAUGUGUGUUUCUCAAAAUAUUAAGUUUAAAGCAAACACUGUCAGUGUACUUAGUUUAUUAUAAUAUUUUAAGAAGUAAUUAUGUGAAAAAUAUUAUACAUAAUUUUUCAUGGAA